UCGCUUUGGGAGUACAGGGAUUGGAUGGCCCUGAGGAUAGACCCCCUUACCCCAUACUCCCGCAGCACCUCCCACAGUUUCUCCCGGGGGACCCGGUCAUACGCCUUCUCCAGAUCCACAAAACACAUGUAGACCGGAUGGGCAUACUCCCAGGCCCCCUCCAGGAUCCUUGCGAGAGUGAAGAGCUGGUCUGUAGUUCCACGUCCGGGGCGAAAACCGCAUUGUUCCUCUUCAAUCUGAGGUUCGACGAUCGGCCGAACCCUCCUUUCCAGCACCUUGGAGUAGACUUUACCAGGGAGGCUGAGAAGUGUGAUGCCCCGGUAAUUGGCACACACUCUCUGGUCCCCCUUUUUGAACAGGGGAACCACCACCCCAGUUUGCCACUCCUUUGGCACUGUACCCGACUCCCACGCGAUGUUGAAUAGGCGUGUCAACCAUGACAGCCCCUCAACACCCAGAGCCUUUAGCAUUUCUGGCCGGAUCUCAUCAGUCCCUGGGGCCUUGCCACUGCGGAGAUGUUUGACCACCUCAGUGACCUCCACCAGGGAAAUUGACGAUGAAACACCAUCAACCUCGAGCUCUGCCUCCAACAUAGAGGGCGUGUUAUUCGGAUUCAGGAGUUCCUCAAAGUGUUCCUUCCAACGUCCGACAACCUCCUCAGUUGAGGUCAACAGAGUCCCAUCGUUACUGUACACAGCUUGGAUGGUUCCCCGUUUCCCCCUCCUGAGGUGCCGGAUAGUCUUCCAGAAACACUUUGGUGCCGACCGAAAGUCCUUCUCCAUGACCUCUCCGAACUUCUCCCACACCCGCUGCUUAGCCUCGGACACAGCAGCAGCUGCAGCCCUUCGGGCCUGUCGGUACCCUGCAACCGAGUCAGGAGUCCUCCUGGAUAUCAUAUCCCGGAAGGCCUCCUUCUUCAAUCGGACGGCUUCCCUGACCACCGGUGUCCACCACGGUGUCCGAGGGUUACCGCCCCUUGAGGAGCCUAAGACCCUGAGGCCACAGCUAGCCGCCGCAGCUUCAGCAAUGGAGGCUUUGAACACCGCCCACUCCGGCUCAAUGCCCCCAACCUCCACAGGAAUGCCAGAAAAACUCCGCCGGAGGUGUGAGUUGAAGAUACCUAGGACGGGGGCCUCCUCCAGACGUUCCCAGGUCACCCGCACUACUCGUUUGGGCUUACCAGGUCUAUCCGGAAAUUUCCCCCACUCCCUGAUCCAACUCACAACCAGAUGGUGGUCGGUUGACAGUUCCGCCCCUCUCUUUACCCGAGUGUCCAAAACAUGCGGCCUCAGAUCAGAUGACACGAUCACAAAAUCGAUCAUUGAUCUUCGGCCUAGGGUACUCUGGUACCAGGUACACUUAUGAGCACCCUUAUGUUCGAACAUGGUGUUUGUUAUGGACAAUCCAUGGCUAGCACAGAAGUCCAAUAACAAACCACCGCUCGGGUUCAGAUCAGGGAGGCCGUUCCUCCCCACCACGCCUCUCCAGGUGUCUCCAUCGUUGCCCACGUGGGCGUUGAAGUCACCCAGCAGAACUACGGAGUCCCCUACUGGAGCCCCAUACAGGACUCCAUUCAGGGUCUCCAAGAAGGCCGAGUACUCUGAACUGCUGUUUGGUGCAUACGCACAAACAACAGUCAGAGUUUUCCCCCCUACCACCCUUAGGCGCAGGGAGGCGACCCUCUCGUCUACCGGGGUAAACUCCAACACCGCGGCGCUCAGCCGGGGAUUUAUGAGUAUCCCCACACCCGCCCGACGCCUCACGCCCUUGGCAACUCCGGAGAAGAAUAAAGUCCAACCCUUAUCCAGGAGUACGGUACCAGAGCUGAGACUGUGCGUGGAGGUAAGCCCCACCAGAUCUAACUGAUAGCGCUCCACCUCCCUCACAAGCUCCGGUUCCUUUCCCCACAGCGAGGUGACGUUCCACGUCCCCAGAGCCAGCUUCUGCCGCCCGGGUCUGGUCCGUCGAGACCCCCUACCUUCGCUGCCACCCAUGUGGCUGCGCACCCGACCCCAACGGGUCUUCCCACAGGUGGUGGGCCCAUGAGAUGAAGAGAGGGGGGGUGCCACGUAGUUUGUUCGGGCUAUGCCCGACCGGGCUCCGUGGCAAACCCGGCCACCAGACGCUCGCCAUCGAGCCCUCCGUCUGGGCCUAGCUCCAGACGGGGGCCCCGGGCUUCCUCCGGGCUGGGUCCCAUCUCCUCUUUUGUCGAUAUUCAUUGAGGGUUUUGAACCAUUCUUAGUCUGGCCCCUCACCUGAGACCACUCUGCCAUGGGAGACCCUACCAGGAGCUGCUAAUUUCUGACAGGAAACUCAAAACAGGGGUUGCUGUUCAUCCAGACAAACUGCUUUUAACCUGAAAAAACAGAUAUAUUACUCUCACUGCAGUUUAUUCUGAUGGAACUGGCCAAAGGGGGUCAGCAGGUGAUUCAUAAACUUAAAGGGGACAUAUUAUGAAAAUUCCACUUUUGUAGUGCUUCUACACAUUAGUUUGGGUAUCUGGCAUGUCUACCGUCCCAUAAACUCUGGAAAAAAAUCACUCCCGCGAUUUGUUGUGGUUCCUCUAUUUCAGAAACUAUGUGCUAAAGUGCGUCCAAUGGAAUUUCCCCCGAAAUAGACGUCAUAGUCGAAAAAUGCCCAUUUAGUACAUUCCCCCAUAGCUCUAUGCACUCCCCCACUACCACUCGACCCACCCCUAGAUGGACCCUCCCACUUUAUAGAAUAUAAAGUAUUCUAUAGUUACCGCCAUUUCAUUCUUGCAAGCCUUGGAAACACUUGGAUUAUCUAACUAUCAGCAUGAAUCGGUGGUCGGCUGCAAACAUGUCUUCAUGUGACUCCAGCUUCAGAAGACACAAGAUUGAGAUGGAUUGAGUUCAUAUAUGAUGGCAACGUUUCUGCCACCACUUUGAAUCAGACUGUUUUAUCAACCUGGGCCAAUAUAACACUGGAUUCUCUAAAAGGUUGUUAUUGAAAGAGGGGUCGGUGCCAUCUUUCCAUGGCAAUACUGAAGACGAGGGAAAUGCAAGCACAUCUGUUCACGGUGCCAGGCUACAUCACGUAGCAUGCCAGACGGCGAACCUAAGAUGCGCACACGUGGAACGCAGCUUUCUAUGAAAACACUGCGACCUCACUACAAAAGUACAGGCACACAGAAAACUGUGCUGCACUGAUGUCGGUGUUGGGACCUCAGCUGUAAGAGACCUCGCUUGGAGGAGGGAGAGGACAAGAUGUGACGAUGGAAUCUUCCAACCCUGUUCAUAAGACACCCACAUAUAUUGUCUAUGAAAACUGCCUCCUGGAGCUGUUUGAGGUGUGUCCUGUGUGUCGGCUGGGGACAGAUGUAAUAUAUAAGAAGGGCGAGUGCACAGCAAAGCCGGUGAAAGCAGAUGCAAUCUUCCAUGAUUCUUACAGGCUCUAUUUAAAAGCCAAAUAAUGUACAAACAAUUACAUGGAUAACCUGUUGGACCUCAUCUUUCACAAGGUUUUUCAGGACCCGGCCCCAUAUGUGAAUGAGGUGCUGAAGAUCUCAAAACCUGAGGAUCUCUCUGCCUAGUAUGAGAAACCUGACAAGCAGGAAGUUAUAGCCAGCUAUGUGUCGAGUUUCAAUCAAGGGCAGGUCUGAACCCUGUAUAACUUCCCUGAGCAUCAGGGAACACUCUGUGUAUCUGGAGCACCGAGCAGGAGGGCAGGACCUCCCUGAUUCUCCGGCCCAGAGGGCCCCAACACCAGCUCACAAAGCUUCUGUACGCCAAAUACCUGUAACGGCUGAGCAAAGUUCACAUUGUAUUUAGAGAAUAAAAGGUGACACACAAAUAUAAAGUGUUCCUUUGUUUACAGUAUAGCUACUGAUGGCACAAAUUGUAUUUUUGUAAUGAAUGUAUUUAUUAUACUUAGUAUUUUUUGUAUUUAUUACCUCUGUCCCAGCCAGUACAUUUAAUAACUAUGAUUAAAAAGCUCUGUGGCAAUCUUUCUAGCAGUCUUUCUGACAAUAAAAGUUUAUAGAAA